AUGUCAGGGAGAGUCCCGCGCCUGCUCAAACAGAGGGAGCUGGCGCCCCAAGGGAGAGGGAGAAGGGGAAGGCACGCAUCAGAGCAUUGUGCGCCUGCGCAUUGGAACCCAGCGAGGGCGGUGUGUGUGGACCGCGAGGGGGCGACGGGGCGCGAGGCCGGGGCGGGGCGGGGCCGGGCGGGGCGGGCAGGGGGAGGGGCCGGUGGGGCAACUGCGGUGGCAGCGGCGGCGGCAGCGGAGCGGGCGGCCUGGGAGGGAUCUGCUGCUGAGGGAGCGCCUGGAGCCCCAGCCAGGGCGGGGGCCGCCCCCAAUGCAGGAAAAGGUCCUGGACCGGGUGUGGGCCGCAGCACCAGCAUGGCAGGUGAAGUGGAGGAGAUCACCCGGCUGCGAAAGCCGCGCUUCUCCUACGAGGAGAACCAGAUCUUGAUUCAGGAAGUGCGGGCCAACUACUCCCAGCUGUACGGCACCCAGAGCCGACGGGUCACCGUGGCCGAGCGGAGGCGGGUGUGGGAAGGCAUCGCCGCCAAGAUCAACGGCAUCACCAGCUGGAAGCGCACCGGCCAGGAGGUGCAGAAACGCUGGAACGAUUUCAAGCGCAGGACCAAGGAGAAGCUGGCCAGGGUCCCCCACUCCACGCAAGGCAGCGGCCUGGGGCCUGGAGCCUCCGAGGAUGCCUUCUCCGCAGAGGAGGAGACCAUCUUUGCCAUCCUGGGGCCCGGGGUGGUGGGGGGGCCCGAGCUCCACACCGGCCCCUCGGCCUCCUUCCACCCCCCUCCCCCAACCGGCCCCUUCCCUCAUCGCUACCUGCUGGGGGGAGAGCAAAGGCCAGCUGAGAACCAAGACCUCCAUAGGGCACAGGUGCCCAGGCGGCUCUCCUUCCAAUACCCUGCUGGGAAGAGGAGGGGAACGGGCACCCUGGCUCUCAGCAGCCCCCUUCCCUGGCUCCAUUGCCCUGAUCCUCAUGCUUACAUUGAAAGAUGGCAUGUAGAAACCUCCAUCCGGAGCAAGGCCUGCAGCAGCCCGGAGCCAUCAGCCCGCCCUCCCUGCUAUCCCUUGGACGGCCUCCUCCUUCGCCCCAAGGAGAGAGACUCCCCACCUCCUCCUCCUGCCCCAGCCCCAGACCAGGCCACCCUGCAGAUUGUCCAGCUUCCUCGACUAGCCCCGUCCCCUCCUCCCCGUCCCCCGUGCCCAGGCCCUUCUCCUUCCAGCCUCCCACCACCACCUUCCCUGCCACUUCCCCUCGAUCCUUCACUGGACUUCCUUCGAGCCCAGCGUGAGACGGCUGAGGCAAUCCGUGAAUUGGAAGGCACAUUGCGCCAUGGACUGGCUAAGCUGAGUGAAGUCCUCAGUGCCCUCUUGCCCCUCUUAGCUGUCCCAGAGCCCCCCGUGUCCCUGCCUGCUGCCGGGCUGGCCCCGGCCCACCCCAAGGUGGAAACCUCACCCGAGCCAGCAGCAGCAACAGUUGAGGAGGGGGAGGAAGCAGCCAUAGUGAGGACCUCCCCAAGGGAAGGGGAGGGUACCCAGUCUCCUCCACCCAGAGAUUCACCUCCGGCCAAGAGGAGAAAAGGUUUCCCAACACGAAAACGGAGGGGAAGGUGGAAGAACCUGUGAUUGCGCUGCUCUGGGAUGGAGCCGAGGGAUUCAUCCCCAGCCCUUCUCCCACUGCCUGUGCCCAGUCUCCCACUACCCUCUGCCCUGCUUGGCCCAUUUUGGAGGGGGGAAGGGGACACAACACUGCUUAUAACUGACUCCAAGGGGCUGUAGCCCCUUCAGCUGCUCCUUCCUGCUGCCCCUUCCAUCCCUAAAACUCCCUUUGGGGCUGUACUGAAGAUGUCAGGGUCCCUGUCACCCACAAUCCCUGUCUAGUGCCUGAUUUUCUUUAGGGUUAGUUACAAGUUUGGUAGAAUUUAGAGAUGGAGGGGACUUUGGAGUCCCCCUAGGCCAGCCCCCUCAUUUUACAGAGGAGGAAAAUAAUGCCCAGGGAAAUGAAGAGACUUGCCCACGGUCUUACACAAUGAAAGGAGUGGAAUGGGAUUCAACCCAGGUCUUCAGACACCAGAUGCAGGGCCCUUUUCCCACAAUUCCAUGCUGCCUCCCUCCUAGUCAGACAUGUGCCCAGCUUCCCCAAGUAUCACAGCCUUAGGAAUAUCCCCAUUUUGGACAUGCAAAGCCCUCAGUUUAACCUUAUUUAUUACUAUUCUGUGGGGGUGGGAUUGGAGGGUCAGGGACCCCCUUGUCCCCCAAUUGGAAUAUUCCCACCUCCUCAAAGCUUGUGAGGGCCACCUGUCUCUUGGCCCAGAAGCUAGGCUCAGGGUUCCACCACUGUGCCUGGAUGGCAACUGAACCCUAAGUUCAGAAGCGGAAGGGCAAAAAUGUGGGGGCAUCAGGCCCUGAGCUCCCUGCCCCUCCUAGCACACCAGAGGGGCUAAGUACCCCUUGCCCUCCUCCAGGCCUUCAGAACUUCCCUCUACCACUCCACACCUGCCUUCCUGCCCCACAAGAACAAGAUAUCAAUAAACUAUUUUUUAAUACAAA